UCGUCAGCAAUGCCCAACCGAUGAUCUAUGGAUGCCUGUCUGGGGAAUCCGUACGUCCCGUUUGUUGGCUUUGAAGGUAAAGUCACCCGCGAAGGAAAGUUGAUCAUCAGCUCAAACACACUGGUUUAUCCUUUGCCAAUAAGGAACUCGCGGAAAGGCAAUGCACCUCCAGUACAGCAUUCUGGCAUUCUCGUUGUCAAUCACAACCCUAGCCCGCGGACUGCCGGUCGCUUCUUCCGUCCGUCGCACCGACCGAGUCCAGGCCUGGCACACCAUCCGCCGAGAGGAGAGAGCUGAUAACCACUGCCAUCUGCCAAGCACUCUCCGUGACACCAGUCAUUUCUCAAUCUCACCACCUCAACACGACGUCGUCGGCAGCAUAUUUCACCACCGCCUUCCUCUACUUGUUCACCGCCAUACCGCCAUCAAUGCUGUACACCUCUUCCGGCGCAGCGAGUCCUGCAUGCGAUUUGUGAGAUGGCAACGGUACGGGUACAUGGGACGCUCAUCUCCCAACCCGGACGCCAAGUAUCCCUCCGGGCCUCCAGUACGAAUACCCCAGCCGCGCGGAACAUUGUCCAGAUCUGCCAGAUAGGCAACGCAAGACUGAUGGCAAAUGCAGCAAUCCGACUCAACCCGCUGUCUGCCAAGACCACACCCAUUUGCUUCUGAUUCAUUCGCCCAUGCGGCCCACGUGAAGGACUUGGUAGGUUCU